AAACAAUCGAAAGUUUUAAUAAAGUAAUGAAACCAAUUCAAAUGAUUUUAUAGGGUAAAAAAUAUGAGAUCCCAUAGGGGAUAACAACAGUUGGAAAUACAGGGACUUGUUAAAUUUAAAUAUCUCUUUCAGAUUGUUUCGAGCUUAAAAGGGAAGAAAAUUAUUUGUGGAUCUAGCCUAUAAUAAAUAUAUAUAGAAUUAAUGGAUUUGGUUUUAAAGAGACAUUAUCUGUAGGAAAAGAAUAUGAACUAGAUCUAUCAACAGGAAAGAAAGAAAUAAUUGCAUUUGAUGAAUAAUUUACUUUUGAGUAUGGCAAAAAGCGAAUAAUAAAAAUUUAAAUAAUAGAUUAGAAUAAAUGUACAAUCGAACCAAAAAUAGUUAAAAAAGUAGUAAAUGAAUCGAUGUAUUUUGAGAAUUCCAUUAAUAUUUAGAAGAAGAGUAAACCUCUAUAUUAUUGUUUUAUUUAGAAUUAUGUAUAUAAAAUAUAAUCUAUUUAGAUCAAAUAAUUAAAUGGGAUUUAUAAACUCAAAUUUUCUAAUUCUUUUGUUUGUGUAGAAGAUUAAAAUAAACUUCAUAAGUUGGGUAUUGAGAUAGACCCAAAUGAUUAUAAUAUACUAGUAAUGGAUUUUUAUAAAAGAACCUUUAAUUUAUUAUUGGCUUUAAAUUAAGGUAAAUUGAUAGUGAGUUCUUAAUGGAUAAAAGAUUGUCUAUCAACAAGAUAAGUAUAGAAUCCGUAUUUAUAUAUUCUGAAAACUAAUAAUUUUAGUAUAUUAAAAUCGAUAGGAAAUUCAAUCUCGAAUAAGAUUUUCUUAGAUAAAAAAUUUUAAUUAAGUCCUCAAUUAUAAUCAAAUAUGACCAGGGAAGAAAUAACAAAAUUAAUAGAAGCUGGUGGAGGGAUCAUUAGUAAUUAGCAAAAUGCAAUUUAAGUUGUUAAUAAUGGUGAAUAAGGUGGCGUAUAGAUGGAAGAAUUUAUUUAAAUGAUUUUGUAUUAAAAAGUAUGAUUAAACUGGUU